ACUGUUGGCGCAGCUAUGGCUGAGGGGGGAGGCGGAGGAGAACCGGGCCCGGCACAGCCGCACGGAGCGGCCCGCACCCCGUCACCGACACCCGAACCUAACAGCCGCCCUGAUACGGAGACCCAAAAGAAUGAGUUGGGGGAUUUAUUGAAGACCCCGCUGAAGAAGGGAGACGAAUGGUAUCUUGUGGAUAGCCGCUGGUUUAAGCAAUGGAAGAAAUAUGUUGGAUUUGACUCAUGGGACGUGUACAAUGUGGGAGAAAGUAAUCUUUUCCCAGGACCUGUGGAUAAUUCUGGAUUGUUUGCAGAUCCUGAUACUCAGGUAUUGAAGGAGCAUCUGAUUGACGAGCUGGACUAUGUGCUGGUGCCAACCGAAGCAUGGAACAAGCUAAUGUGCUGGUAUGGCAGUGUCCCUGGGCAGCAGCCCAUAGUGAGGAAGGUGGUGGAGCACGGCAUGUUUGUGAAACAUUGCAAAGUGGAGGUUUACCUCAUCGAGCUGAAACUCUGCGAGAACAGUGACCUAGACAAUGUGGUGACGCGUCACUUCAGCAAAGCAGACACAAUAGAAUCUAUAGAAAAGGAAAUGAGAAAUCUCUUUAAUAUUCCUGCGAACAAAGAAACACGGCUGUGGAAUAAAUACAUGACUAACACGUUCGAGCAGCUCACGAAGCCCGACAACACGGUGCAAGAUGCUGGACUCUACCAGGGGCAGAUAUUAGUUAUAGAACAGAGGAAUCCGGAUGGUACGUGGCCCAGGCAGCCUCAGACAAAGUCAAGUACUGCAACAAGUAGAACCUACACUACCUCUGGAAAAUCAUCAUCAUCAAGCGCUUACUCCUCUUCACCAUCUUCAUCAUCAUCUUCAUCCUCUACCAUUACCAAUGGGGAUAGCGGGAGCACCUAUGGGUUGAACAGCUCCAGCUUAGGCAAAGGGGGAUAUGGGUCAUCUUAUAAUUCGUACAGUUACAGGGAUCCGUCCAGUAAGCCUGGUCUUUGUGGCCUCAGUAAUCUUGGGAACACAUGCUUCAUGAACUCUGCUCUGCAGUGUUUGAGUAACACCCCACCCCUGACUGAGUAUUUUCUGACUGAUGAAUAUAAGGAUGAGAUUAACAGGGACAAUCCACUAGGAAUGAAGGGAGAGAUUGCCACAGCCUAUGCUGAGCUGAUUCGCCAAAUCUGGUCUGGGGAGCAUUCUUACGUGGCUCCACGCAUGUUCAAGACACAGGUUGGUCGCUUUGCUCCGCAGUUCUCAGGGUACCAACAGCAGGACUCACAGGAGCUUUUGGCAUUUCUACUGGAUGGUCUGCACGAGGACCUUAACAGAGUCAAAAAGAAGCCGUACCUGGAGCUCAAAGAUGCUAAUGGGCGGCCAGACUCGGUGGUGGCUACGGAGGCGUGGGACAAUCACCUGCGGAGGAACAACUCCAUCAUUGUAGACAUUUUUCACGGCCUUUUCAAGUCCACGCUCGUGUGUCCUGAAUGCUCCAAAGUGUCUGUGACCUUUGACCCUUUCUGUUAUCUCACCCUUCCUCUUCCCAUGAAGAAGGACCGCACUAUGGAAGUCUUUUUGGUUCGAUCAGACCCUCAGUGUAAGCCCAACCAGUAUCGAUUGAUUGUGCCUAAAAUGGGGACAGUGUCUGACUUAUGCUCAGCGCUGUCUAAGUUGUCCGGAGUGCCUGCGGAAAAUAUGGUGGUGACUGAUGUUUAUAAUCAUCGUUUUCACAAGAUCUUCCAGACAGAUGAAAUGCUCAAUCACAUCAUGGAGCGUGAUGAUCUUUUUGUGUACGAGGUGAAAUCAUCACGUGGCAGUGAUUCUGAGUGGCUCACUUUGCCCAUCUGCUUCCGGGAAAGACGCUUCCGACAGAACAGUGCAGCUGGCACCAUCCUGUUUGGGCAGCCACUCUUAAUAUCUGUGCCCAGACAGAAGCUGACAACAGACAUGCUGUAUAAUAUAGUCUUGGAGAGAAUCCAACGCUAUAUAAAGACUCCAUUAUCGGAAGAGUAUUCCUGCCUGUCCAGCGACACUGCAGCCUGCAAUGGUUCGAAUGGGAUCUAUGAUGACGAGGAAAUGGAUCAUCAGGAAGAGCGGGAAGAGUCCCCCGAGGAGUCAAACGGACAGUCAGAUGACAGUGUGGAGGAUGAAAACUCAGAGGGCUGUAGUCCCUGCAAUAAAAUGCCAAAGAAAGCCCAGGACUUUCGUAAGAGGCUGUUUUGCUUUAGCCUGGUGAAUUCAUAUGCCACAUCCGACGUGGGCAGCAUGCCUGCCGAGGGCUCCUACCUGAAACUCACCUCCUAUUCCACUGUGGCAAUUGACUGGGACACAGAAACAAAGAAGUCAUUUUAUGAUGAUCAGGAGGCAGAGGCCUUUGAUAAACAUGAGUCAAUGAUGCAGCCACAGAAGAAAAAGAUGACAGUAGCACUUAGAGACUGCAUCCAGCUCUUCACCAAGACAGAGGUGCUGGGAGAGCACGACCCAUGGUUUUGCCCAAACUGUCGGAAGCAUCAAAGGGCCACCAAAAAGUUUGACCUUUGGUCUUUGCCAAAAAUCCUUGUGGUGCAUUUAAAGCGCUUCUCAUAUAAUCGCUAUUGGAGAGAUAAACUGGAUGCGGUGGUAGAGUUUCCCAUUAAAAAUCUUAACAUGUCAGAGUUUGUUUGCGACCCAACGGCUGGACCCUAUGUGUAUGACCUUGUUGCUGUUUCCAAUCACUAUGGAGGCAUGGGAGGAGGCCAUUAUACAGCUUAUGCAAAGAAUCAGGAGACGCAGCAGUGGUAUUAUUUUGAUGAUAGCAGCGUUUCUCCAGCUUCUGAAGAUCAGAUUGUGACAAAAGCGGCUUAUGUACUGUUCUACCAGAGACAAGAUGGCAACAGCUUUAAAGCUUCCUCACCUACGGCUUCUCUUGGCUCUCCGCUCAAUGAGGAUGACCUCGGUGAACAGGACAGACAGCAAGACUUGGACUGUAUGGACACCAACUAAUGAUCAAGCCCCACAAUAACUGUGUAAGGAGAGAGACCUCUCCUCCAGCCAAGACCCUGCACCAUGAUGUACAUACUGUCCUCCUCAGUGAGAAUCUAGGAGAUGACGGGGGCUUCACCUUCCAUUUAUCUUGUCUGAGUGACUGGAGAAGGACCCUUCUUCCUCUUCGGUCAUACGCUGCUCGUCAGUUUCAUUUAAUCCCUGGCUUUGAAGAUUUUUUUAUUUUUUGUUUCUUCCCCUUCCCUGUUUACUGUGGACAGAUGAGCGGAGCACCAGCAGCCUUCACAAGUCUAUUUUUAAUAUAAAGAGGCCGAUCUCCUGCCGCCGGGUGUUGUGUGAUGCUGAUGCCACAAGAUUGCUGCAGACCUUUCAUUAGCUUAUUCUGGAGGGGGUGUCUUUACUUCUUGUAUUGGGUGGGUCCUAUUUAUUGCUCUGUAUUUUAACGGGACAGUUUCCAAUCAUGUAAAGCAUCGCACAAUGUAUAAACCAGAGGAUGUGGUCUGCGAAUUGUAGUGUCUGUCAGUUGUUGGUAACCUCACAUUCUGCCCUGUACGAUCACCACCACUGAUCUGCUGUAGGAGGUGCUGCUGAGCUAUGCAGAU